AUGAAACCGCUUAUGCUGCAUCUAGUUGGAUUUUUUGCAGCCAUAAGAGGAACGACCGCAAUGGUUUCCGAAAAUCCACGCACUCACCACUACGAGACCAGAUAUGAAGUCAGUAACCCGCACAGAACAGACUUUGGCUCCUAUACAUACACAGACCAUAUAGCUCCUCUGCUGAGCAUGCUGAGAUCAAGACUUGGAGGCAGGCAUCAUGAGUCGCGGGAAUUCACAAUACCUAGCAUUGCUAAUGGAACUCAUAACAGGAAGGUUGGGAUUCGUAUAUUCCCUUCAAAGUCGAUCAAAAGUAUCCACGGGAACGGAGAAUACAUCUUUUCGAUACAUGAUGGAAUUCACAAUGCACGCCAGCAGGCGAUGCAGGCAAAGCUCGAGAGUCUGAUUUCAGAGUUCAAAAUCAACAAGAUCCGCUCCGAGGAGAAGAGAAUCAAGGCAGAGAAAAAGAUAAACGAGGCAAAUCAGCUGAAGGAAGAGGAAAAGAGGCUUGUCUCGGGCAUUAUACAAGAUCCGCAGGUGCUUGUCAAGGACACAAUUGCAGUUGCCGAUGUUGCAAACAACUUCUUGAGCUUCAAAGGGCAUGAAGAUCUUCUGAGACGAAGACUGGAGCAGAUCAACAAGUAUCAAAAUAUGCUGAUAAGCCAGCAAAAGAACCGUGCAAUCCUUCACAAGGCAUAUGGAAGAAUAAUUCCUGACAACUUUGGUAAACUGAGGACUCUUUACAAGCAGUUUGUUGAAAGAGGCCCAGCAAGGCAGCUUACAUAUGAAGUUCCUGUUGAUCCAUCAAUUGGUAAAUUCAGCGUUUCUACUAAGAAUCUUCAUACCAGCAUCACCUAUUAG